AUGGAGCGGACGGUGGACGGGGGCGACGAGGGCGACACGUUCAGCUUCAGCGUGGCCGCCCCCACCACCGCAGCCUCGGCCCCCGGGGGCCCGCUGGGCGCGGGGCGGGCAAGACCCGCGCUGCAGGGGCAGGGCGGGGACGAGGCGCCGCUGCUGCUGCUGGCGGCGCGGCUGGGCGAGGGCGCGGGCGGGGCGGGGCCAGAAGCGUCGCAGCAACGGCCGCAGCAUCAGCAGCAGCUGACGGCGAAGGAGGUGCUGCGACUCCAUCGCCCGCGAGCCGCGGUGCUGCGAGUGGUAGCGAAGGAGGUGGUGGACGACGGAGACGUGGGCGCGGGUGGAGGAGGAGGAGGAGCCGAGGCCCAGCAUCGGGAGCAUCGCAACGGGACCUGGGGCCGACCGGAGCAGGUGCAGCAGACCAAGGAGGCCAUGGUGGCCGAAGUGUUCCAGGACCUCGUCGACGACCUCCUGCGCGAAGUCGUCUUUGAAAUGCAUCGGCACGUCCACCCCCUUCCAUUCGCCUGGAACGCUUCGACUAAAGCUCAUCAGUACCCGAGCGGCAUUCUGGACAAGAACGGCUACGACAUCUUCGGGCAGGCGGUCAGCGGCAAGGUGGUCACCGGAGAAGUCCGCUUCGACUGUCUCAACUGCGGGCGCACAGUGGUGGCGUCGCGCUACGCCCCGCACCUCGAGAAGUGUAUGGGGAUCGGGCGCAUGGCGCGCAACUCGUCGCGCAUCGCCUCGCGGCGGAUGAAGGCCUUGGACGACGACGUCUACACGCCCAACCCUUCGCUGUACAUGGCCAGCCCAUCCUUUGAGGACGAUGAUGACGAAGACGACGACGAUGCCACGUACGGCGAACACGGCAAGCAGCGAGCGCUGCUCAUGCUCAAAGAAGAGGCGCACACCGGCGAUGAGCUGCUCCAUGCUGCUAUGCUGCCACCGGACGAGCAGCACGGCACCAGCGGUACUCGCGGCGGCCCCGGCCUCACGGCCAAGCAGCACCAGGGCAAGCGGGCGGCGGCAGCCCUCGGUGGAGGCGGCGCGGGUCUCGCCUCGGCUGCGGUCGCCAAAGCCAGGGGAGGAGUCGUGCGCAAGCAGCCGCCCAAGAAGAAGGGCCGAGCCUCGGCGCCGGAGGCCGAGUCGGCGCUCAUUUCGUUCGGUAUCGAUGACGACGAGGCCUUUGCCGACGGUGAUGACAUCGAGGUGGUGGAGGAGAUGGAGGCCGGCGUGGCAGGUGAUGGGCAGCACCUGUACGACAUGGUCGAGGUGGAGGAGGACGGCCUGGCCGCGGCCAGCGACGAGCACGAGGAGAAGACAACGGCCAAGAGGAAGGGCAAGCUGGCCGGCCGAGGUCGAGGCCGAGGCCGAGGCGGAGCGGCCAAGUGA